AUGGUCGUCAAAAACCGAUCCUCAAAUUCAAACUCAAACUCGGAUCUUUCACUCGCAGACAAGUGUAUUCAAGAAGCUGAGGAAAAAGAAAGAUCCCAGAGAUUCUCGAAACUCGAUGAAAAUGAUGAAACGAAAAUCGAGGGAUCAGCUUGCAGACAAGAUGAAGACGAUGUACCAAAAUGGGUCAAUGAACCAAUCAGAUUUCCUCCGACCCUAACCACCGACAGUUUUGACAACCAUGAGCUUCUGGAAUCUCCCAACCUUCGGCUUCGAAAACCUGCAGCUAUCAAACGAUCUGGCACCGCGGAAACAGAAGCAGAAUCUAACUGCGAUUUCAAGGAUCACUCCAAAUGCAAAAGAAAACCCAUUGGCAAACAGCUUGUAGUUCUGACAAAGAUGUUAAUAUUUUAUCUUGUAUAUUUAUGCAUUGGCGCUCUUGCUUUUAGUCACAUGGAGUCUGACGCAGAAACUAAACGCCUCGAAAAAGAAGGAAAAGCAUUUUGCAUCGUCUUCACCAUGAUCGGCAUCCCCUUUUUCGCCUUCAUGGUUAAUCGAAUAUCCGACUUGAUCAUGGAAAGCUUAAAAUUUCUGAAACGAACAUUGAACUUUGGCAAAUUCGUCCUUCAUUUGACUUACAUCGGGGUCGGUUUCGUCGCUUUGAUUUUCAUACCUGCCAGAAUUUUUAUGAAAAUCGAGGGAUGGUCUGCUCUUGAAGCGGUUUAUUUUAUCAUUGUUUCGCUGACAACGAUUGGUUUUGGCGAUUAUUCGCCGCGAAUGGACCCGCCAAAGGAACAAGCGUAUUCGAAACACAACGAAACCGCCUGCCUUUUCGAGCUGAUCAAUCCGAUUCCCUCUCGAAAUGUGAAUGUAGAAACAGGGCUGACGACAAGCUGUGACAAGGACAAAUGGAGCGAUUCCCUUCAAAAAUCGUAUAAUAUUUACCGAGUCGCAGUUUUUCUCUGGAUUUUGAUCGGGCUUUCUUGGAUUGGUGGUGUGGUUAACAUAAUUACAAAUUUCUUCCAUACUGGAAUGAAUGAUAUGAAGGCUCCAAAACUGCAUCUAAAACGCACGUUUAUUUCGGAUUGCUUUGUGAAAUACUGCAUUCCCGCGAACUACAAGCAUUUAUGCUCAAAAGAGCAGCUCAAAUGGACAACUUAUGCGACCCCAGCGCCAAACUCACCUGGUGCUUCGAGAAAAAGAAACACGAAAACAAUGCUGAUGGUCGAUUAUGAUGGGACAGAUAAUUCUUAUCAUAGCUGCUCAAACUGA